AUGAGCUUCCCGCGUAGGCUUGUAGCCGUUGCGCGGCCAAACCUUCGACAAGCAAUUUCUGCGCCGCAAAGAACUCAGCAACAGCAUACUUUCUUCUCCCCACCUUUUCGAUCGACUCAAACGACUAGAAAGCUACACAGUCAAGCUCCCCGGAGCGCCCAAUUGGCUGUCUCUGAGCCAGACGCCGAGCCAGUCGCCGAAUCUACAAAUCCUGCAUUGUCCUUCCCAUGCCUCGAUAAACUUGAGUCGCGAUCCGCCUCCCUCUCCACCCGUUCUUCUGGACCCGAGCCCUCGUAUACCACCGGGAAGCAUCUCAAUUUCCGCUCGCGCGAGCCCAUACUACUUGAUUGGGGAGGUAUCCUUCCGGAGUUCAAUGUUGCGUAUGAGACUUGGGGAAACUUGAACAAGGACAGAAGCAAUGCGGUGUUGCUACACACUGGGUUGUCAGCGUCGAGCCACGCACACAGCACCGAAAUCAACCCGCAGCCGGGAUGGUGGGAAAACUUCAUCGGAUCCGGGAAACCGCUGGACACAGACAAGUACUUCGUGAUAUGUACGAACGUGAUAGGCGGGUGCUUCGGUUCUACAGGACCAUCCUCGAUGGAUCCUGCGAAUGGCGAACGAUAUGCGACGAGGUUCCCUAUCCUAACAAUGGAGGACAUGGUGCGCGCGCAAUUUCGGCUGCUCGACUCGUUGAACAUUGAGAAGCUGUACGCAAGCGUUGGCUCUAGUAUGGGCGGCAUGCUUAGUCUUGCCUCUGCUACCCUCUUUCCGGAACGGGUAGGCAGGGUCGUGAGCAUCAGUGCCGCUGCGCGGAGUCACCCGUACAGCAUUGCCAUGAGACAUACCCAACGGCAAGUGCUAAUGAUGGAUCCGCAUUGGAAUCGAGGAUUCUAUUAUGAUGGUGUACCUCCACACUCGGGCAUGAAGCUUGCGCGCGAGAUUGCAACAGUCACGUAUCGAAGCGGUCCUGAGUGGGAACAGCGCUUUGGCCGCCGACGCGCCGACCCAUCUCGGCCACCGGCGUUGUGUCCAGAUUUCCUCAUUGAGACAUACCUUGACCAUGCCGGCGAAAAGUGGUGCCUCAGCUACGACCCCAACAGCUUGUUGUACGUUUCCAAAGCCAUGGACCUUUUCGACCUAGGCCAGGAUCACCGCAAUCGCAUCAACAAAGUAAGGCAGGACAAUGCCGGCAAGCUACAAGCAUACCUUGAGGGACGGGUCCCAGUAGCGGGCGCCGAGAGUGACGUUUGCAGCCUGACCCUUCCUGAGAAGCCAUAUGAAGAGAAAGAACAACCAGCAGAAGAGAGCGAAGUCAACAUUGAUGCAGUCGAGGCAGCUCCUGCAGAUCUUGUUGCUGGACUGAAGCCACUAGCGAAUACUCCGGCGUUGGUCCUAGGUGUAGCAAGCGACAUCUUAUUCCCAGCAUGGCAGCAGAAAGAGAUUGCGAACACGCUCAAGCGGACAGGGAACAAGAACGUUACGCAUAUCGAGCUGGGCGAGGAGAAGAGUCUAUUUGGACACGACACGUUCUUGCUCGAUCUAAAAAAUGUCGGAGGUGCUGUCCAGUCAUUUUUGGGAUGA